UUUCUCUCUCUCUCUCUCCUUUCUUUUUUCUCUUCAAAUUCGAUUUCAAAUUAUUUCAAUUCACCUUUUACCUUUUAUUUUAUUUUAUUUUUCAGCUUACAUUUCAUUUGGAAUCAUGUUUAGAAUCGCCGCUCGCCGCGCCAGCGCUGCGCCCGGGCUCCGCCUGUCAGCCGCGCAGAGCACACUAGCAGUCGGAGGCCUCGGCUACCUCUACGUAACAGACAGCAGCGCCGGGAUCCACAAGUACAUAAGCACGCCACUCCUGCGCCUAAUGGACGCCGAAGCAGCCCACGAUCUUGCGAUCACGGCCCUCAAGCAUGGGGUGCACCCGGUGGACCGCAAGCCAGACGACCCACUGCUGGCCACUACCCUGUGGGGCAAGCGGCUGGGUAACCCCGUGGGCUUGGCGGCAGGGUUCGACAAGAACGCGGAGGCCGUGGACGCGCUGUUUGCGCUCGGGUUUGGCGCCGUGGAGGGGAACCCGAGGCCGCGGCUUUUCCGCGCGGAUAAUUGCGGCACGGGGAUGGAGGCGUUUGCUGAGCGCGUGCGGUCGCGCCAGCGCCAGGGGGAGACCGUGGCGCAGCUCACGCGCAAUGUCAAUCGCUCGGCGUUGCCCGACCGCCUGCUCGGGAUUAACCUGAGCAAGAACAAGGCGUCGGCGGCGGAGUCGUUCGAGGACUACACACGCGGCAUAGCCAAGCUGGGCGCAUAUGCGGACUAUGUUGUGAUCAAUGUGAGCUGCCCGAAUGUGAAGAACAUUGCGGCGGCGUCGGAUAUCGGGGUGCUGCAGGAUACGGUUCGGGCGGUGACGCGGGCGCGCGACCAGAUGCCGGAGUACCGGCCGCCGGUUGUGCUGAAGAUCGGGCCGGACAACGACGUAGAUCAGCUGCGGGUGAUUGCGCAGAUGGCGCUGGAGUACGGGAUUGACGGGAUUAUCACGGCGAACACCACAAGGACCCGGCCUGCGGAGGUGCGCGGCUCGGAGGUUGCCCUGGAGGAGGGCGGGCUGAGUGGCCCGCCGCUGAAGUCCCUGGCCCUGGAGACCACCCGCAGGAU